GCAGAAGAAGCUCGCAGUCGCGCGAAGAGCUAAACCGUUCUUUGCCUCAUCACAGUUUACCACACCGAUUGGCCGUUGCUCGUCGCUUGCGUCAGUCGAAGAGAAAGUGGUGAGAGGGGUAGAGGGAAGGAACCAGUGCUUCCACCAUUAGUUUUCAAAAUCUUGAUAGUGGUCAAGGAAUUGGCAUUGAAUUGAAAAAAGUUUUGGCAUUUAUUCCUGAUCGAAUCUGUGACGCACAUAAACGAGAAUUUUACCAUUCACUCCCACCUCUAACACUGAAGUUUGCAAUUGUAGAGAGUGUGGAAUAGAGAAUGGGGGAGACGGAUUACAAGAGGUUGAAGGGAUGUCAGAGCUUCAGGCAACGAUUAGUUCUUGCCACCCUCUCAGGUACUUCGGUUAUUAUCGAGGAUAUUCGCGCAGACGAGACUUUCCCAGGUCUUCAGAAACACGAGCUACUAAAUUGAAGUACAAGCCUGGGGUUAUUAUGGGUGGGAAGAAUCUUGCGCAUGACUGUGGUGUUAGUCGUUCCAUUGGUUACUUCUUGGAGCCACUGUUAAUUCUUGCUUUAUUCGGAAAGAAGUCCCUCGAGAUUAGACUCAAAGGAAUUACAAAUGAUUCUAAGGAUCCAUCAGUUGAUUCCUUCCGUUCUACCACUUUGCACAUACUGAAACGCUUUGGAGUCCCUGCUGAACGGUUGGAUCUUAAAAUAGAGUCUCGUGGAGUUCCUCCAGAGGGUGGUGGGGAAGUUGUUCUGUCUGUUCCUAUUGUUCAGAGUCUAACUGCAGUUUCCUGGACUGAUGAGGGCAUGGUUAAGAGGAUUAGAGGAGUUACAUUUUCCGCCAGAGUGUCUUCUCAGUUUGAAAAUAGCAUGAUUCAUGCUGCCCGUGGAAUCUUCAAUCGUCUGCUUCCAGAUGUACACAUCUUUACAGAUCACAAAGCUGGUUCACAGGCUGGAAAGUCACCUGGAUAUGGCAUUUCACUUGUUGCGGAAACUACUUCUGGUUGCUUCAUUUCUGUUGACACUUCUGUUUCUCGUGAUCAUGCUGAAGAAACUCCCGACUUCACAGAUGAUGAGAAGAAAGAACUGAUACCCCCAGAAGACAUUGGUCAGCAAACUGCUUAUGCUUUACUCCAGGAGAUCCAGCAGGGCGGAGUAGUGGAUUCAACGCAUCAGGGCUUGCUAUUUCUUCUCUGCGCGCUAUGCCCCCAAGAUGUUUCCAAGAUUCGUGUCGGACAGCUAUCACAGCAUGGGAUAGAAACACUGAGAAACAUAAGGGAGUUUUUGAAUUUAAAGUUCGUCAUAAAGCCAGAUCCAAAGACUCACACAGUAAUUCUUAAAUGUAUCGGUUCUGGCUUGAAGAACCUUUCAAGGAAGCUGUCUUGAAGGUGAUGAGUCUAUUCUAUGCAUUAGUAUAACGUGCCGAUUUUUGUUUUCUACGAGCUCCUAGGACUUAUGCUAGAGCAUUUUUGACCAACUUACUAUAGUUCCUUUUUCUAUUGGUAGUUCACAUUUUUUGGCUGCAAUAUAUCAAUCCAAUUGAUCAAAAUAUCUUCUAUUGAUGA